AUGGCGAAUGCGGGAAAUGAAAUCGUGUUUAAAAAGGAAACUGUUGCCAAACUUUUGACACGCUCUUUUAAGGAGGAUAAAACCAAAGUCAGCAGUGAUGCUGUCAUACUUGUAGCAGAGAUGCUGAAAGUAUUUGUUGAAGAGGCGACACGCAGAGCUGUUAAACAGGCUGACAGUGAGGACUGUGACAAUAUUGAUAUUGAGCACUUUGAAAAGAUUCUGCCACAAUUGCUUCUUGACUUUUAAUUUUGCUGAGGAGCCAGUAGAUGGCGACGUAACCAAGUUCUGCUGGGCCUGAACAUCCUGGACUUCACUUCGCAUAUU